AUGAAAACGGCGCACAUCGUCGAGCUGCUUGUGGCCGUUACGAGGUCGGUAGCAUUGAAGACGGAAUUUCCGCCGCGUGCUGCUCGCGCUGGAGCAAACCCGUACGGAAUGGUGCCGUCGGCAGGGUCAGGCGGGCAGCCGAGCCCGAUGGUUAGUCCGCCUCCGGGCAGUGAAGGCAUGUACAACAUGGCUUCCAUGAACGGGGGAGAUUCCUCUGCCUACACCUCCAUGCCUCAGUCCCAAGUCAAGCUCGAGGUAUCUCAAGGAGGCUAUUCCAACGCGGGCGGGAUGUACGACCCGAGCAGUCUACAACAGGUUAGCCCGAUCGACCCCCGCCACUGACUCUUCGAGCACCCGAGCCGGGUCGCCAUCGAAGUGACCCGACACCCGAGAUUAUGACGAUAAAAGUACCAGUACCUCCCCGACGCGCGGCCAUUGCUUGCCUCCCACCUGCCUUUUCCUGUCGUCAUUGCCGCCGUCGUCGUCAUCGUCGUCGCCGCCGCCGCCGCUGAACCCCGACGAGGCGGUCGGGCAAGCUGCAGCAGCGCGGAGGACUUAUCGCUCCCCCGCCGAAUUAUUCCAGGGAGCGCCGUUUGCUUCGAGGAUUUCAUGCCACGCGUAGGAACGGGAUUUUGUACAUAUAAAUGAAAAAAACCCCCUUCUGAAUUGGUCUCCUUUUUUCACCCCUCUUUGCUCUGUUCUCACUCCAUCUGUCUGUACCGUAUUUACUCGACUGUAAGACGCACUUUUCUCGCAUUAAAUGGGUUACAAAGAAAAGCGACGAAAAACAGAGUGCGUCUUAUGUGUAAAUUCGCUGGUCAAGUUCGUGAUUCUUCCUGAUCGACACGAAAUCUGUAAGAGAAAUAUUAUAAGAGCAAAUUAAACAAAGAAAUGCGUUCGAACAUUUCAGUUUCAGCGAACACGAGUUAGAAUCCUGAUUUCUGACGGAAACAUUUAGGAGAUUGAACUGAUGACUGAAGUUGGUUUAAAGAAUCAACAGGCUCCUUUGAUUCUGGAGAAAUUGAAUGUGAUGAACGUGCGUUGGCACGCAGAAAUUUGUUUUUUUUUUCAUUUUACACGCCCAGGAAGAACGAAAAAGAUUUGCGUCGAAUGAUCGAUCGAUUGCGUCUUAUAAUUGAGUAAAUAAGGUAUCUAUUUAUCUGUCUAGCUGUAGGGCUACCUCUGUCUAUCCUUGCAUCUCGUCGCUCUGGCUCAGCUCUGUUGCUCGCCGUGGCCGUGUUCAUUUCGAUCGAGCGGAUUCGAUUCGUUUUGUUUUUUACGUUGAAUGCCAUGAUGAAACGAAAGGGUUUUUUAAUCGAGAAUAAAGGUUUUUCGUUUGUUUGUUUGUGGAAGGCUCGAUCUGGGUGUUGACGCGAGUGUUCGAGGUUUUCUUUUUUUUUUUCGAAGGCUCGGAACUCGUCUUUUUAGCGCGCAUCGAACGCCGGCGUCAGCAAUUAGGUCGCCCCUUUUUUUUUUCGUGGAAAUUGAUCCUCUGGACGGCUCAAUUGUGGGAUGAAGGAAGGAUGCGCAACUGUUUUUUUUUUUUUGAAUGUAUUAGG